CGCCCACACAUAGUUCUUCCUGCUCUGAAGUGAACAACAAACCUGGACAUGCAGACGGACGGCAGGAGUCAGAGAAGAUCAUGGACUGAAGACUGAAGAAGGAACACAAUAUCAUCAUGUCCAGCAGAGAAAGCAGAGAUGUUGCUCGUGGUUCUUCUCAUAGGAGAGAUCGGAGCAAAGAUCCUCCACCUGACCUCUCUGGAGAAAACACAGAUGAUCUGAGGAUUGUGCUGCUGGGAAAAACUGGAGCUGGGAUAAGUGCAACAGGAAACACAAUCUUAGGAAGAAAAGUGUUUAGAGCAGAAAGAUCUUCACAAUCAGUUACUACAGAGUGUCAGAGAGAAACAGCUGAAAUCAACGGCCGACGCGUCACUGUGAUCGACACUCCAGGACUGUAUAAUACUGAACUGAGUAAUGAGGAGAUCCAGAGAGAAAUCAGAAACUGCAUUCCCAUGAUCCUGCCUGGACCACAUGUGUUCAUCAUUGUGCUCAGAGUAGAACAAUUCACUCGAGAACAUGAUAGAACAGUGAAGAUCAUCCAAGAGAUGUUUGGUGAGAAAUCAUUAAUGUUCACCAUGGUGCUCUUCACCAGAGGAGAUUAUCUAGAUGACAUAACUAUUGAAGAGUAUCUAGGAUCUAGACCUCAUUUGAUGAAGCUGAUUGAAGCGUGUGGAAACAGAUAUCAUGUGUUCAAUAAUAUUCAGACUGGAGACCGAACACAGGUGUCUGAACUACUGCAGAAGAUAGAUGACAUGAUAGAAGAAAACGGAGGGAGUUUCUACUCGAUGUUCAGACAGAUUGAAAGAGAAGAACUAGAAAAACAUACAGAGAUCCUGAUGGACAGAGUCAGAGAAAGAGAAGAAGAGAUGAGAAAACUACAAGAAGAGAGAGAGAGCACAAAUAAAGAACAAAUAAAGAGCGAAAUCCAUGAGGAGAUGAAGAGAGAACGAGAUGAAUGGGAGAAACAGAGACCGGAGGAACAGACGAGAAGAGAAGAAGAGAAAGAAGAACAAACUCCAGUAUCUGGACACACAAACAAUGCUGAAGGUGAGGCAGAUGAUCUGGAGCAGUUGAGGAUUGUGCUGAUCGGGAGGACAGGAAGUGGGAAGAGUGCCACAGGAAACAGUAUUCUGGGAAGAGAGGAGUUUGUGAGUCAGCUGAGCAUGAACGCAGUGACGACUGUUUGUCAGAAGAGAGUCGCUGAAGUCGACGGUCGAUCAGUGGCUGUUGUUGAUACUCCAGGACUCUUUGACAUGACAUUACCAAAAGAUCACGUGAUAGAAAACUUGAUGAAGUGUGUUUCACUGUCAGCACCUGGACCUCACGUGUUCAUCAUUGUGUUGAGUUUGGGCAGAUUUGAUAGAGAGGAGACGGACACUGUGGAUCUGAUCAAGAAGAUCUUUGGUCCAAAAACUGCUCAGUUCAGCAUCGUUCUGUUCACUGGAGGAGACCAACUCGGAGACGAGUCUGUAGAAGAUUAUGUGAAGAGAAGUAACAAUGCUGACCUCAAGAAACUGAUCCGAGACUGUGGAAACAGAUUCCUGGUGUUCAAUAACAAAGAGAAACGAGAGCGAACUCAAUUGAUUCAGCUGUUCAACAUGAUAGAAGAGCUGAAACACACGAAUGACAGUCAACACUUCACUAACAGCAUGUUUGAGGAGGCAGAGAUUCACAUUAAAAAGAGAAUGAAGGAAAUAAUGAACCAGAAGGAGAGAGAAAUUCAGGCUCAACAUGAGGAAAUAAAUACCAAACGUGAGAUGGAAAUGAAGAACAUGAUGAAGAGACUCGAGGAAGAGAAACAAAGAGCAGAUGAGGAGAGGAUGAAAACACAGAAUCAACUGAGAGAAAAAGAGCAAAAACUCAGAAAAGAGUUUGAAGAAAAAGAGAAAAGAGAACAAAUGAAACAAGAGAUUGAAAACCAGAAACGAUCAGAAGAGGAAAAACAGAGAAGAGACGAAUAUCAAGAGUUGAAGAGAGAGAUUGAAAAUCAGAGAUUACAGUAUGAAAAACAUCAGAAAGAAAGAGAAGAAGAAGAUAGAACGAGAGAAGAGAAAUACAGACGAGAUCUAGAAAAGAUGAGAAACGAGCACGAGCGAAUUAUAGCAGAGUUACAGAUGAAACAUGACGAGGAGAUAAAAAAGAGAGAUUUGGAGGAGAAAAGGAGGAAUGAAGAAGAAGAGGAAGAGAGACAGAAAUGGAAAAGAAAAAUAAAAGAGGCUGAAAAUGACAGAAAAGAGAUUCAAGAGGAAAUUAAACGACAGCAGAGAGAGUGGGAGGAUGAAAAGAAACGACAGAUGAAAGAACGAGAGGAAGAAGAAAGAAAGACAAAAGAGAAACACGAGGAACAGCUGAGAGAAAAACAAGAAGAACUGGAGAAAAUGAGAGAGAGAUUUGAAAGAGAGAGAGAAGAAGAAAGACAGAAGAUAGAGGAGGAGAGACAGAAACAGAGAAGAGAAAGAGAAGAAAAAGAGAGAGAACAUGAGGAAAAGAUACAUGAAAUGAAAAGACUGGAACGAGAGAGAACAGAGGAGUGGGAGAGAAGAAAACGAGAAGAUGAUGAGAGACGAGAGGAAGAGAGAAAGAGAUGGAUGAAGAUGAUUGAAGAUGUGAAACGAGAACAAGAAGAGGAGGUGAAGAGAAGAGAGAAAGAGGAGAAGGAGAGAAAGGAAAGAGAAGAGAAAGAGCGAGAUGAAAUGAAAAAGAAACAUGAAGAGGAGCUGAAAGUCCUGCAGAAGAAGCAUGAAGAUGAAGCCAGAAAUCAAGCAGAGCUGAAUGAGUUCAGAGAGAGAAACGAGCAGCAGCUUCAGGAGCUCCAGCAGAUGCUGGAAGAACGUCACAAACAACAUGAACUGCUGGAGAAACUCCACAGAAACCUGCAGGAGCAGAAAGAAGAAGAAAUAAAAGAGCUGCUGAAAGAGAUAGAGAAGCUGAAGAGCAGAUCCAGCUGUGCCAUUCUCUGAUUGUGUUCAAAGAAUCAUCAAUGAUCUUCCUAACAGUGUGUGACGAGAAUGAACUAUUGAGUGAUUUAUUUUUACUCGAGUCUGACUCCAGAGGGCGCUCUCGAGCAGAACGUCCACAGUGAGACUCAUAGGGUCUGUCCCAAUGCCCAGUGUCUGAAUCACUAUCUCUUGAGGAGAUCUUUACUUACUUUGAAAUAUAAGACUGCAAAUCGACUAAUCAUUCAUGUGGGGAAGAAUGAUAUUCGAAAGGAGCAGUCAGAACUCCUUAAGAGGGAUUUCAAUGAACUUUUUGAAAUGCUUAAAAGACUAAAAGUUCAGUCGUUCAUCAGUGGACCACUCCCAGCAAGAGGAACAAAUAGAUUUACACGGUUGCUUGGACUUAACUUAACUGCAAAAAACCUGCAACUUAAAAGGACUGUACUUCAUUGACAACUUCAAUCUGUUCUGGAGUCAGAGACAAUUGUUCACUCAUGAUGGCCUGCACCCAAACAAACUGGGCUCAAGAGUGCUAAAGGACAAUAUCUACUUCUGCCUCCAUCAUCCUUCAGU